CUCUGUUAUCGGCCUUCCCUCAGCCAGAUGUAAACAAACUGCACCUCGCCUCAGCGCGGGAGGAGCCGGCAACAUGGUGCGGCUGAAGGUGCGGUGCAGGUGCAUCAUGGUGGUGGUGGUGGUGGCCCAGAUUUUCUUAGGGUUAUGGUUCUUUUCCCAACCUCUGGACCCUCCACAACAGUUCCUCCAGAGACUGUCCAGCGAGGGCGGGCAGAGCAUCCUGCACCUCAAGGACCAGCCAGCGUCCCAUUACUACGCCACCUUCGAGAAAGAGUUGUGUGUGAGGGAGGGCUCGGUGGUGGAGGAGAGCUCGGAAUCGCAGUGUGUGUGCCGCCUCGGAUGGUCAGGGCGACGCUGUGGGGUGCCGGCUGUGCUGAGAACGGCUCGGUGGUUACAUGACCCCAAGCUGACCGACACCCUUCAGCUGCGGAGGAGGGUGAAGCGCGUCAUCAUGCUGCUGCCUCUGUCGCACGAGUAUGAUAUUUUUGAGGCCAAUGUGAAUGGGCUGAGAGACGUGGUGGAUGUGUUCGUCAUCGGUGAGCAGAGUUUGAACUUUUCCGACCAUGCCUCUUUACCCCUACUAGACAAGCUGAAGAAUGGCUGGCUCGGGGAUCACCAGGAUAAGUUCGUUUACGUGCCUGCGAGGGAUGACGCCCCACGGAACGCUUCCCUCAUCCAGGGCCUUGUUCACGACGGCUUGCGGCUGCUGAGUGACAUGCGCCCUGAUGACCUCCUCGUCCUGACCAGCGGCGAGGAGAUAAUCAACCGUGAUGUUUUGGUCUUCCUCAAACUGUUCCAAGGUUACCCGUUGCCCAUUAGGUGUCAGUUCAAUCAGUUCUUGUACGGGUUCUUCUGGAAAAUGGAGGGCAGCAGAAACGGCAAGAGUCUCCCGGAAAUCUGCAUCCUCUCAGUGAAGUUCUUUGCCAAUGCCUUCCAGUACCAGAUGGCGGCUUUAGCGGACGGGAGGAUAUCCAAGGAAACGAGAAACUUCCUCACCUCAAUAGACCAGCCGCUGCAGGACUGGACACUCCCUGAGGUCGGCUGGAGGUGCCAUCUGUGUCUCUCGAUUCCGACCCUAUUUGAAAAGUUCGCCAACCUGCCUCCGAGCUUACGGCCAAAGUGGUUUUCCGAGUCACCCGCCGACAUGCUCCCGUUCAUCCAGAGGCUCGUCAAGGUGGGCCAGGACGAGAACUUGAAUCGGGUGGGUAGAGCGAAUGUCCCACAGGAAGACUUUUUACCGCCUUUCGUGUGGCAGAAUCACGAUCGCUUCGCCCACCUGAUGGCCAACCCUUACGAGACCAUGUCCAUCCAUGAUGUUGUUUAGUGCCUUGUGUGUCAGGCUCGGUGUUGGUUGAAGGGAGUGAUGAUGGUGGACUAUAAUGCUGUGUUAGACUCGUUGUUCAUGGGAAAGAGAGACAAUGUUGGGCUAAGUUAUUGUUCUGAAGUACUAUAAUGAAGUGAAGAUGUUGUGUGGGUUGGAGAGACAAUACUAGCCUAAUAUAUAGCUAUUCAGUGCAGGUUACAUGUCGCCUAGUAAGAACUGAGAACUUAUAGAAGCAUUGUAUCUCACACUAUUGUAGGAGAGACUGUGGUGGGCUAAACUGUUAUUAUAAAAUACUGAUAUGAGGUGCAGUGUUGUGUUGGUCGGAAGGACAAUUGUAGGCUAAUAUAUUGUUAUGCAGGGAAGGUUAUAGUCGCCUUCCAAGAACGGAGGACUUGUUGAAGUGUGUUAUCUUUUUUUUUUUUUUUUUUUUUUUUCCGGCCCAGUCCGUUCUGGCGCAGGCGAGUGUUUAUAGUGGCGCCAUCUUGCACUAUCAUGAGUAAGGACAUGUUUAGUGCCUUGGGUGUGUAGGUUUGCGUUCGGCGGAGAGGCAGAGGAAUGUGAAGUGCAGUUUGCCUACCGAAGAACAGAGAACUUAUUGAAACCCUAUAUCUGUCAUGCAUAAGAACAUAUUAACGGACAGUGAAAGGUAGUGAACUAUAUUAGGCUUGUAUUAGUGGGUUGAUGGUGAACUACACUAUAAUUAUGAAGAAAUGGGAAAUGCAGACUGCUAACUAAUGACUGAGAUAACUUAUUAAAGGGUUUUAUCUUACACUAUCAUAAGUAAGAGUAUGUUAAUGGGCAAUGAGAGCUAGUUAACUCUAUUUGCCCAUGUUAUAAGAAGGGAAAAUAAUUGCUAUUCUCCCUAAUAUCUUCUAACUAUGUAUAACUUACUACGUACUACUAUUACGGAUGAAGUCUUUAGUUAUGUUUAAUGUUGAGGGCUUUGGAAGUAGUUUGUCGUUAGAAGCAGUCAAAAACGUCUUCAAAAGUGUGUAUAACUUCCUACCAGAUAAGUGAAGUCUUUGGUUUGGUUUACAUUGAAAGGGUAAAGAAAUAGUUUGUCGUUAGAAGCAGUUAAAAACGUCUUCAAAAGUCUGUAUAACUUCCUACCAGAUAAAUGAAGUCUUUGGUUUGGUUUACAUUGAAAGGAUAAAGAAGUAGUUUGUUGUUAGAAGCACUUGUAAACGUCUUCAAAAGUGUGUAUAACUUCCUAUCAGAUAAAUGAAGUUUUUGGCUUGGUUUACAUUGAAAGGGCAAAGAAGUAGUUUGUCGUUAGAAGCAGUCAUAAACGUCUUCAAAAGUGUGUAUAACUUCCUACCAGAUAAGUGAAGUCAUCGGUUUUGUUUGCUGCGAAAAGCUAAGGAAUUACAGUCGUCCCUCAAAUAGUACGGUUUCCAAUAGUUCAGUUUCAGUUUUAUACAGAUUGUCAUAGAAGAUCAUUUAGGAUUUUUAAAUUUCCUGCUCAUUAGGAUAUUUAAAAAUCCUUAAAAAUCUUCUUAGAAAAUCCACACAAAACCAAAACCGAACUAUUGGAAACCGUACUAUUUGAGGGACGACUGUAGUUUGUCAUUAGAAGUAGCUGGAAACAUCCCCAAAAGUGCGUAUAACUUCUUACUGAACAAAUGAAGUCUUUGGUUUUGUUUGCUGCGAAAGGCUAAGAAAGUAGUUUGUCAUUAGGAGUAGUCGAAAAUGUCAUCAAAACUGCGUAUAACUUCUUACCAGAUAAAUGACAUCUUCAGUUUUGUUUGCUGCGAAAGGCUAAAGAAGUAGUCUGUUAGUAGAAGCAGCCAAUUGCAUCAUUAGAGCUGGAUGUCGUAACUUGCAUCCCGUGAUUCUUGGCCUGAAUCUUCGUUACGCGUCUCUGUGAUAGAGACAAAGUUUAGUGCCUGAAGGAAGCUCUUAGUGAAGGAGGUGGUGGAGGAGAACUCAAGAAAAUGUCUCGCAGUGUAAUCGUAGGUUUGCUAAAACUCUUCAUUUGUAAGUGUAGACAUUUUCGAUCAGUGACGUACUUUCUGCACUCGGCGAUGGUGCGGAAAGCUGAUAUAUGGGUACACAGUGAGAAUUGAGUUGAGAAAGUUGCAGAAUUCUAUGAGGUAAAUUGUUGCGCUAAAUACGUAAUACUUUCCCACUGUGAACCGCCCUCUGAAAUAAGCUAUGUGUCAGGGAAUAUCGGUUAGAAAAUGUGAUGUUGCCUUGAAUCUCAAUUGGUUUUCUCGGACAAACUAAGAUAUUGGUCGGAAAUUAGAUUAAGAAAGGCUCAGUAUGAUGUAAAUUAUUGGGCUAAAUACGUAAUACUUUCCCACUGUGAACCGCCCUCUGAAAUAAGCUAUGUGUUAGGGAAUAUCAGUCAGAUGAUGUGAUGUUGCCUUGAAUCUCUAUUGGUUUUCUCGGACAAACUAAGAUAUUGGUCGGAAAUUAGAUUAAGAAAGGCACAGUAUGAGGUAUAAAUUAUUAGGGUAAAUACGUAAUGCAUUCCCCGUGUGAACCGCUCGCUAAAAUGAUCUAUGUUUAAGGGAAUGAGGGUCAGAUGAUGUGAUAUUGCUCUGAGUCUCUUAUUGGCUUUCUCGGGCAAACUUAUACAAUAUUAGUGAAAGAGAGAUUUUUCACAAGAAACCAAAACUGAACAAAAUAUGAAUCAGAUGAUGUGAUAUUGCUCUGAGUCUCUUAUUGGCUUUCUCGGGCAAACUUGUACAAUAUUAGUGAAAGAGAGAUUUUUCACAAGAAACCAAAACUGAACAAAAUAUGAAUCAGAUGAUGUGAUGGUGCUCUGAAUCUCCAUUUGGUUUUCUCAAAUGUAGUUAUAUGAUAUUUGUCGGAGAGAAACUUUAUCACUAAUACGAAAUCAAAACUUCUCAUUGAUAUAAGAAUGCUUGGUGUAGUCUCAAACUUCUGUGUUACAAGACUGUCUCAACACCAAACCUAUACGAUAUUUGUCAGAGAGAGAGAAACUUUACCACAAAUAAGAAAUCAAACUAAACAAAACUUCUCAUUGAUAUAAGAAUGCUUGGUGUAGUCUCAAACUUUUAUGUGUUAUGAGUCUGUCUCACACCAAACUUAUGUGAUAUUGGUCAGAGAGAGGGAGAGAAACUUCUUCACAAAUAAGAAAUCAAAACCAAACCAAACAAAACUUCUCAUUGAUAUAAGAACGCUUGGUGUAGUCUCAAACUUUUAUGUGUUACGAGUCUGCCUCACACCAAACUUAUACGAUAUUAGUCAGAGAGAGGGAGAAAGAGAGAGAGAGAGACUUUAUCACUAAUACGAAAUCAAAACCAAACAAAACUUCUCAUUGAUAUAAGAACGCUUGGUGUAGUCUCAAACUUCUGUGUUACAAGACUGUCACAAAACCAAACCUAUACAAUAUUAGUCAGAGAGAGAGAGAGAGAGAGAGAAACUUCUUCACAGAUAAGAAAUCAAAACCAAACAAAACUUCUCAUUGAUAUGAGAACGCUUGGUGUAGUCUCAAACUUCUGUGUUACGAGACUGUCUCAUCACCAAACCUAUACAAUAUUAGUCAGAGAGAGAGAAAGAGACUUUUUCACCACUAAGAAAUCAAAACUAAACAAAACUAAUUAUUGAUAGAAGAACGUUUGGUGUAGUCUCAAACUUCUGUGUUAUGAGUCUGCCUCACACCACUGGCUAUGUUAUCGUUAGCUCAGCCGUGGUUUGAUAUGUGCUGAGUGACUAAAGAAAACUCACUGUUGAUGGUAAGAACGCUUGUGUAGUUUCAAACUUCUGUGUUACAACUCUAUCUCACAGCACUGGCUAUGUUGUUCUUAGCAUGGGUGUAGUUUGAUAAGUGUCGAUUGAUCCUGAAAU